AUGUCCACCACGAACCCCCCCUCCUACGACGUUGCCAUCAUCGGCUCCGGCCUCGGGGGUCUCGGCGCCGCCAUCGCCCUGCGCCGGGCCGGCCACGCCGUGACCGUGUACGAGCGGUACGACUUUGGCGGCGAGGUCGGCGCCUCCCUCUCGCUCGCCUCCAACGGCUCGCGCUUCCUGCAGGAGUGGUCCGUCGACAUUGCCCGCGCCCGGCCCGUCGUCCUGCGCAGCCUCGUCCGGCACGCGUGGGCGUCGGGCGACGUCACCGGCACGUACCCGCUCGGCGACUACCGCGCGCGCUUCGGCACCGACUACAACAACUUUCACCGCAUCGACCUGCACCGGCUCCUCAAAGACACGGCGCUGGCGACGGAGGGGCAAGGGCCGCCGGCGGUGCUGAAGACGUGGCACAGGGCGACGGCGCUGGACCCGGAGACGGGGAGGAUCGCGUUUGAGAAUGGAAACGCGGCGCAGCACGACGCGGUCAUUUGCGCGGAUGGCAUCCGCAGCGUGAUGCGCACGCAGCUCGGCGUCGAGCCCGAGGUCGCGCCGUCCGAGUCGUGCUGCUACCGGUGCAUCAUCCGCCGCGACCGGCUCGCCGAGCUGGGCCUGCAGGAGUUUGCCGACAACAGCGCCAUUGAGUUUUGGGGCGGCGAGGGCAUCGAGAAGAUUGUCAUGAGCCCGUGCUCCGACAACGCCGUCGUCAGCUGCUACUGCUUCUACCCGGCCUCCAGGAACGGCCCGCAGACCGACAGCUGGCACCUCUCCACCACGGGCGCCAACCUCGCCGCCACGUUCCCCGACCUCGACCCGCGCAUGCGGCUGCUGUUUGAAAACGCCGAGGACAUCAACAUGUGGCGGCUGUACAACCACGCGCCGUACCCGCGCUGGACGCAAGGCGCCGCCGCGCUGCUUGGGGAUGCCGCGCACCCCAUGAUGCCGGACCAGUCGCAGGGCGCGUGCAUGGCCAUGGAGGACGCGGGCGCGCUGGGCAUCCUGUUUUCGGAGCGGUACGCGGACGUCGGCGUUAGGGAUAAGCUGCAGGUGUAUGAGCGGGUGAGGAAGCCGCGCGCGACGAGGCUGCAGGAGGCGAGCCGCCGCGCGAGGACCGACAUCAGGGAGCGCAUCGGCUGGAGCAGCGCGAGCGAUCGGCCAGGGAAGCUGACGAUUGAGGAGGUGUGCGGGUAUGACAUGCAUGCGCACAUUGCCGAGCUGGUGGCAGAGUAUAAAAAGGAAACAGCAUGA